UUUAAACCUCGGUGUUCAAGUUUAUCUUAGUGGAUGAUGAAAAUCAGAAAACAACACGGAAAUCCCCACCGAAGUUCGAAAACACAGGGUUUUGACCUACGACCCGAAUGUCAGCCAAUCAGCACUCGACAGGGAUUUCCCGCUAUUUUUCGUCUCCCGCUGAGGCCUGGUCUCUCGCGCCAACAUGGCUGCCGCGCCGUCCCUACUGAAGUUAGGGGACGAAUUUCUCACUUGGGCAGAGUUUAAGGCAGCACUGGACAACUAUCAAGAAACAACACACGCUGAGCUCAGUAAGAUCAGUAGCAAGAAGGUGGAAACUGAGAACAGGAAAUUACCUGAAGGCGUCCAAAAGUUUCCGUGUGCUCAUGUUUAUAGAGCGGUGAAGUUUGGAUGUAUUCAUUACGGGAAGCCGCGCCCGUCAGGGUCGGGAAUCCGGCCAAAUCAGUCAACCUUCAAAAUGGGUUGUCCGGCAGAGAUCUAUGUGUCAUCCGACCGUAAGAAGGGAAAGCUUGUCGUAACUAGCUUCAAUGACAACCAUAACCAUGAGGUGGGUGAAGAGGUCCGGAAAUACUACCCCUCACAGCGAAGGUUGGAAGGAGAACUUCUGGAAGAAGCCUGUAAGCUAACCAAAUUGAGGGUGGAUGUCAGGGUACUCAAAGACCAUGUACACAAGACCAGUGGGAAACUAACAACUAGCAAGGAUCUCCACAAUUUGAGGGCAAGUCUUCAACAGGGAACAGAAGCUGAUGCAGUCAUCCGAGCCCUAGAGGACAUCCUACACAAUGACAAAGGCGCCAAGAUAGCUGUGGUACUGGAUCAGGAUCAGACUCUAGAAGCUCUCUACCUCCAGACAUCUGCUAUGGUCAGCUCAUUCAGCAGCUUCCCCGAGAUACUAUUCAUGGAUGCGACAUACAAGACCAACAACCUGAACAUUGAUGUUACAUAG